AUGUCGAGCCAUUCGCUGAAUUACUCGACUUUAUCGGGGUACUUUGAACAUGACGAACAACCAGAAGGGCCGCAAUUCCGAGCAACAACUCUACCUGGAUUCGGGCUCAUCGAUAGCGCGUAUGACACAGACAGAGAUUUGGAACAUGGGCAAACGCAAUGGGAGCGUUUCAUGCACUUUCUCGACCACCUUAACAAAGAAGCAGAUGGCCAAGCCCGAUACAAGUUAAUCUUUGUGAUUCGACAUGGUCAAGGCUUCCACAAUGUCAAGGAAGCACAAGUCGGCAGAGCGGACUGGGAGGCCAAAUGGGCUUUGCUAGACGGUGAUGAUGAGAUGACCUGGGCCAACGCGAGACUGACGGAAAAGGGUAAAUCCCAAGCGCUCAAACUCAAGGCGACGCUGGAAAGUGAUGUCCGGGAGAUGAAAGUUCCACUGCCAGGGAAAUGCUAUACCAGUCCCCUGGCUCGGUGCCUGGAGACAACUCGACUUGCCUUUUCAGGUCUUGAGUGGCCGACGGAUCAGCCUUUCAAGCCGAUGGUCAAGGAAGCCCUCCGCGAGAGGUUGGGGAGACACACAUGCGAUCGACGCAGCAGCCGCUCCUGGAUAGAGAGCAAUUAUGCCGAGUUUGAGAUUGAGUCGGGCUUUGCUGAGCAAGACGAACUUUGGCAACCAGACUACCGAGAAACAGCUGACGAGCAAGUCGUGCGAGUCAAGCAACUAUUGGACGACAUAUUUAACAGUGAGGAAAGUACCGUGAUCUCUUUAACGGCUCAUUCAGGGACUAUCCGAGCACUUUACGGUCUGACCGGACACAAGGAGGUCUGGGUGGCUGCGGGGGCAAUUGUACCUCUUUUAGUAGUAGCAAAGCCGCAGUAA